AUGAGAGAUAGCGUGAACCGCGGUGCAUACAUCCUCUCCAUUCUUCUCCUAUACCUUGAUUGCGGCUUGUUUACCCCACUGGCCGCGGAUCAGCUGCGAGCCGUCACAGAGUAUACUAUUCGAGGUCAUAUGGGCCCCGAGCAGGAACUCGCCUUGCAGUUAGAAAUCCUCAGAAUAGCCGCGAGCAUACAGCGAAUGAUGCCGCCAUUGGUCGAUUAG